AUGAAGGAUCAAUCUAAGUUACAGGACGACCUUGCCUACAGGGAUCAAACUAAGAUACAGGACGGCUUUGACUACAGGGAUCAAAAAAGGAUACAGGAAGGCUUUGCCUACAGUUCACUGUACCACUACAUCACUCUCAACUAUUACACUGCUCUCCACUUUUCAUUGUACCACUACAUCAGUUCACUGUACCACUACAUCACUCUCAACUAUCACACUGCUCUCCACUUGUCAUUGUACCACUACAUCGGUUCACUGUACCACUACAUCACUCUCAACUAUUACACUGCUCUCCACUUGUCAUUGUACCACUACAUCAGUUCACUGUACCACUACAUCACUCUCAACUAUCACACUGCUCUCCACUUGUCAUUGUACCACUACAUCAGUUCACUGUACCACUACAUCACACUCAACUAUCACACUGCUCUCCACUUGUCAUUGUACCACUACAUCAGUUCACUGUACCACUACAUAACUUUCAACAAUUACACUGCUCUCCACUUGUCAUUGUACCACUACAUCAGUUCACUGUACCACUACAUAACUUUCAACAAUUACACUGCUCUCCACUUGUCAUUGUACCACUUCAUCAGUUCACUGUACCACUACAUCAGUUCACUGUACCACUACAUCAGUUCACUGUACCACUAUAUCACUCUCAACUAUAACACUGCUCUCCACUUGUCAUUGUACCAAUACAUCAGUUCACUGUACUACUACAUAACUCUCAACUAUUACACUGCUCUCCACUUAUCAUUGUAA